CUCGUCAUCCUCCGGACCAGUACAAGAACUUGAGGUACACGAAGAAGUCCGGUAAUUACAUCGAUUGCUCGGCUUGUUGAUAAACAAUCGAUUGUGUAGUAGAAUACUUAGCGAAUAAUUUUUAUAAAAAGUUAUAUCUUUUUUCUUUCAAAGGAAUUUUAAAAUUGGAUACUACAAGAAGAUGUGUAGAAGGACUAAAAGGUGUAUAAGCAUGUAGCUGUAGUGUAGUGAAUAUAAUAAUUAGGAAAUCAUCUGACAAGUAAAUGGGGCAAAUUCGGUAUUCAAGGUCAUGCGGGGUCUUUUCUGGUGUUUACUAACAACGUGUUUUUUUCUUAAUGCAGGAUAUUGUAACGAGAUUGCUAAAGAACGCUUGAAAGAACUACUGACUCCUUUAGAAUGGUACUCAUUAUUACAAAAUUUAAAUUCAGGAGAAAAAUAUUUCAUCAUUUAUCCCACGAUUCACAUCCAAAACGGAACCAGCACUUCUGAAGAAAAUGAAGAUAUACAGUCGACAAUACAUCGAAUUCAAAUAAAAUCAGAAGAAAUAGGAAAUGAUUUUGAUAUAACGUUGAAACCUAUCGACAAAAAUUUAAUAACUAGCGACGUUGUGAUUCUUGAAACUUUCGCCAAUGGAUCUAAACCACUUGAAAUUGAAGAAGAUGAUAAGAACUGUUAUUUUAGAAACGAUAAUGCCGCCUUGAGUUUGUGCAAAGGAAUUAGAGGUAUACUACACACCAAUGACGAGGAAUAUUUCCUAAUCCAUCCACUGCCGGACAGGUUCCAAAACAAAACUGCCAAACCGCAUAUACUCAUACAAAAAAGGCACCAAUACUCAAAUAUUGCCAAAGAUGAUUCAUGUCCGCACUAUACACUUCCCGUAAUAAAUGAAACCAAAGAAUUUAGUGAUAAUGUGGUAACAGAAAAUAGAAAAAGAAGAAAGCGGGAAGUAUUUACUGACGGUGCUUCGGCUUUUGUAGAAACUGCAGUAUUUGUAGAUAAGGAUCUUUUUGAACACAUGAAGUCGAAUUUUCCGUAUGAUACUGAAAGAGAGCUAAUACGGUUUGUCCUCGCAAUGAUAAAUGCGGUUCAACUAUUAUAUCAUGAUCCUAGUCUAGGAAGACCUGUAAACUUCGUACUAAAAAGACUGGAAAUUUUAAAAGAAGAUGUAGCUGGGUUAGUUCGACCACCAGAUAUCGAUAGGUUCUUAUCAAAUUUCUGUAAUUGGCAGAGAACGAAAAAUCCUUCCGGAGAUAGUCAGCCUCUUCAUUGGGACCACGCUUUAAUUUUAACGGGUUUAGAUCUGUACGUUCGGGGCAAACACGGAAAAAUUUCAAACCAAGUCGUUGGCUUGGCUCCUGUAGCUGGAAUGUGUACUGCAACUAGUAGCUGUACUGUAAAUGAAGGCAGGCAUUUUGAAAGUGUAUACGUAGUGGCACAUGAAAUAGGUCAUAAUUUGGGAAUGAGACACGAUGGACCUUUAGCAGAAAACGAUUGCGAUCCUACGACCUACAUAAUGUCCCCAACCCUGGGAAGUGGUAAAAUAACAUGGUCGACAUGCAGCAAGAGAUAUUUACAAAAAUUUUUGGAUACUCCGCAAUCAAGAUGUUUGCUCGAUCAUAGCAGUUCUGCUGGUAAAUUGGAUCACAGUGCUGAAGGAGCUCUUCCUGGGGAACGAUUUGAUGCCAAUCAACAAUGUAUGCUUAAAUACGGAAAAGGUAGCAAACAUUCCUCCCAACAACCUUUAAAUGACGUAUGCAGAGAUCUGCAUUGCGAAAGAGAACGAUAUACGUGGACAUCACACCCUGCUUUAGAGGGGACUAUCUGCGGAACUAAUAUGUGGUGCAGAGGAGGCAAAUGUGUUGCUAAAGGAUUGAUAUUGUCGUCCGCUUACACUGCUCAACAAAAUUCUGCAAGGCUUGGACAAAUAAAUGGAGGUUGGAGUAAAUGGAAACAAUCUAGCGAUUGCGCUUCCGGUUGUCUAUUUGGAGAAGAAGGUCGCUUGAGAUCUGGUAGCACAGGAAUUAUGGCUUCCGAGAGAAUAUGUAAUAACCCACGGCCACAAGGAGUUGGAGCAGAAUGUGAAGGUCCAUCGUCGAGGUACAUGAGCUGUGUAGCUGAACAAUGUUCGAACGUACCAAGAUUAACUAUAAGAGAAUUCGCUGAUCAAAUAUGUACAAGAGCCAAAGAAGUUGACAACGAUUUAACUGGAUCUGGAAUGCAAAAAAUCAGUACUGACGCCGAAGAAGCUUGCCUUGUGUGGUGUCAAAAACGUAACGGUAGUACAAGAAGUCGAGGUUGGACUUUUCCAGAUGGAACUGCAUGCCAAAUGAGAAGAAAUCGUUACGGAAAAGCAAGUUACUGCAUUAAAGGAAAAUGCGAAGAAUUUGUUUGCGAUCCGCUAGAAGAAGCCGCUUUUGCCCAAUCGUCAGAUCUUUGUCCGAUAGAUAGGUAUGACAAUGAAUUGAACUGGAGAACUGGAUUGAGAAGAAGAGAAGGAGCAAUUAGAUGGAAAAGUGCUAGCGGGUGUCACUACAAUUGCAUCACUCCUGGUUCAGGAAUAAGGCUAGUUAAGAACAAAAAGUACGCUAGAUCUAGUAUACAACUGUGUCAGCCUGAUAAAUUUGGGUGCAGCCGAGUAAAAUCACCAUUUCAGCAGGCUUCAAUGAUUUGCUCAAAGUAUAAAGAAAGAGUUAGAAGACUUUCAGGCUUGGGAAUGCAAAUAUCACCUGCUGUAGAGGAUCCCGAUAGAUCAUGCCGAGUAGCUUGCCAAGAUGAUUUUAUUUCACAUAGAUUUUAUUUAGUUAAUGGAGAAGAUGGUUGGUUUCCGUUUGGAACAGAUUGUUCUAAAGGCAUGGCUUCUAACAAAAAAGCGUAUUGUGUCAGUGGAAAAUGUUUGGAGUUUGGAGAAGACGACACUCCCCUAUCCCAAAGCGAAUUUACGCUAGCAUUACUUUCCAGAUCUAAAAGAUCACUUUACAACAACAGCUCGACUAGAAUAAUGAUGAAAUUAAAUCAAAUGGAAUUGGAUAGUAUUAUUAAAGACUUACACAGAACUUUAUCAGGAAAUUUUAGCUCAAGCCCUUUACAAAAAUACGAUAUAGAUUUGGAUAAUCCCAUACAUAUUAAUAUGAAGGUGGAUCAGGAUUUUCCAUUGAAACAUUUUUCAGGUAGUGAAGAAUAUGACAAUCAUCAUACUUGGUACUGAGCAGCUAUUUCUUCCUCUCUCGCCCUAUAUGUGAUUUAUUCUAGGUUCUAUUGGUAGACUCAUUUAUUUUUGAAUACAUUUUUAUAUAAAUAUUG